ACUGCGAUUGCUCUGCCGGCGGCGAUUCAGCAUCAGCAAUUAACCUGCCAUAACAAGCGCAGCACAAAAAGCUGGAGCCAUUCUCAACCGUAGACGGUCCAUGCGACACCACUUGGUGUGCAUGCCGGAGCGCGAGAAGCGUAGAGCAAGAGCGAGGCCGUACACUGUACGGCAAGCCCAGCAGCAAUAAUCACGAUAGAGAUCUAGACCAUGGCUCAAAUAAUAAAUAUAGCGGGCGCCCAGGCCAUCGACGACCCGGAAUACCGCUACAAGAUGCCGCGCAUCAUCGGCAAGGUCGAGGGCCGCGGCAACGGCAUCAAGACGGCGAUCCCCAACAUGGUCGACGUCGCGUCGUCGUUGCACCGCCCGCCCGGCGAGGUGACGAAGUUCUUCGGCUGUGAAUUGGGCGCGCAGACGACGUAUAAUGACGAUACGGAGCGGUCGAUCGUGAACGGCGCUCAUGAAACUAGAGUACUCCAAGAUAAACUAUCCGUAUACAUCGAGAAGUUCGUCUUAUGUCCGGCCUGCAAACUGCCCGAAACGUCGUACAAGAUCAAGCAUGAAAUAAUCUACCACAACUGCCUCGCGUGCGGCGCGCGCGAGCCGUGCGACAUGCAGCAUAAGUUGACGACCUACAUCUUGAAACAACACAAGAUCGAGAAAAAAGCUAAAGCGAAAGAUAAGAAGGACAAGGGCGACAAGAAAAAGUCGAAAAAGGUACUGUUAGCGGCGUCCGCGGCGCCUUCAGACAUUACCGGAUACGCCGCCGACGCGCCGCCGCCUCGACGGCGUCGACGCGGCCGCAUGUCGCCGCGACGCCGUCGUCACGAUCACGAGAGAGUCCGCGCGCCUCGCGAACGUACAGAGGCAGCUCCGCGACGGCGUCGCUCCCCCGCAGGACAAGGACGGCGACGACGACAAGAAGAAGAAGGAGAAGAAGGAGAAGAAGGAGAAGAAGAAGAAGAAGUCCUCCGAGGAAGGCAACGGGGCCGCUGCCGUCGAGAAAGCUGCUGAGGAGUCCGAGGAGGACGAGGACGAGAAUCCCGAGGAGGCCGGUCCAUUGGGCUCGGCGAUCCGGGGCAUCCGCGAGUUCGUCGCCGGCGGCAAACCCGUCGGCGAGACCGUGUCGGAACUCAGAGCGGUCCAGACCUUCUGCGCGCUGCCGAGGAAUGAAAGAGGUUUUAUUCUAUGUGCUGCUGCUUUUGAAGAUGGUUCUACUCUACUGAAGCAGUUACCCGAGAGAGCUCCUCUGCUGAAGGCCUUCGCCAAGGACGCCCAACCUUAUUCCUUGAUCUAUGGCUUGGAGAAGUUCUGUCUCAUACAAAAGCCUCCUCUCACUGCGAAGUUCGCGCUCGUCCUGAAAGCUUUAUACGACGACGACGUCGUCGAGGAGGAGGACAUCCUCAAGUGGCACGAUGCCGGUGUCGAUGGUAUCGACCCGGACGUGCACAAGCCUCCUGCCGUGGAUGCCCAGGCGUCGGCGGCGUUCCUCGCGGCUUCGGAACCGUUCGUCACGUGGCUCCGCGAGGCGGAAUCCGACACGGAGGAGGAGUAGGCGCUCGUUUCCCUUUUACUAAUGACCUAUUUAACGUG